CUACAACAACUCCAAAUGCAGAGUAAGGACUGAAGAUGUAGUAGAGUAUGUGCAGCUGACAUCGUACAGAUGUCUGUCAUAUAUUUAUGCACAGCUUCACUUCUCAUGGCGCUCUUGAGGAGGAAAGACUGCUUUGGAGGAAUUCAGAACCACUUUGAAGUUGAACAAAUUGUUUAAUAGGAAACUCCAGGUAGAGAGCACGAAGUAGGGAAACAGCUAGCAAGAACAAACGAACCGCUGCUUUGAUUGUUUUUAGUUCGUUUGUGAGAAGAGAACCCUCCUCGUGACGCAUCAGAGGAUUUAUCUUCCGUGGCGUCGUUGCUUCAACAUUAAUCCAGAGCGCUUCCCAGGUGGAAAAUUACCAUCGUCAGGAAUACUUUUCUCUUCUUUACUUCUUCACAUAUGAAUAUGCUGUGGCGUUUUCAUCUGCUCUGGAUCUUACUGAGUCGUGCAGACUCCUUUAGCGUCACAGUACCCUCCAGUCCUAUACUUGUGGUCCGUGGAGCCACGGAACUUCUUCGCUGUGAAUUUGAACCAGACUAUAACAUCUCUAAUUUGGUGAUCACAUGGCAACGGCAGGAAGACUUACGAGUGGUCCACAGCUUCUACUACGAGAUAGACCAGCUCGAUCGACAAAGCGCAGAUUAUUCUGGCCGGACAAAGUUGAAUCACAAGGAACUUGCUGAAGGAAACGCAUCCUUGAGUAUAGCCAAUAUUGGACUGAAGGAUGCAGGGAACUACAUGUGUAUAGUGAACAACCGCAAGGGAACUGGAAAAGGAGUGGUGCAGUUGGUUUACACGGCCUUCUGUUCCGAGCCGAGAUUAAGCAUCCUUCUCAAAUCCACCGAUGUUACUGUCCAGUAUGAGAUGGAGGGCUACCCGAAGCCAGAGGUUAUGUGGCUGGGGUCAGAAGGUCAGAAUCUCACUGACCACCUGGAGGUUUCGUCUGCAUCAGACGGCGGACUGUACUACUUAAAAAGCAGCUACAUAACCCAGAGUCCAGUGUUCAAUGUCACAUUUACUCUGAAAAACCCUCCUGCGCAUCAGGAGGUACAGAGGCAUUUUAACCUCAGCUAUGAUGGGAACAUGAGCUCCAGUAGGUCAGUCGUGGUUCUGUCUGUAUUGUGUUUUUUCCUCCUGUGCUCGACGGGUCUGCUGCUAUGGUUAUACUGUCGCGUCAGGAGCAUCCAUACUGGACUCAUGUAGACCAAGAUUCACAUGAAUUUCUGGAAAUGAACGUGUCUGUGUAGAGCACCAACUACUAUUGCUAUUCCAAUAGUGCCUCCAACAUUAUUUUUAGGCUUGUAUUUUUAUAUUUAAAUUAAUACUGCUGCUCAAAGGCUUUAUGUAAUCCACAUUAGGGAGAGAAGCACAAGAAAUCAUUUUGAACAACUGAAGUGUGUGAUUUUUGUUGCAAUUACAUUGUUUCUUUACUAGUGACCAUCCUGAGACGUGAGGUAAAGUCAAUUUUAGGCUUUUUAGAGCAUUCAUUAAAAUUAGAACCUUUUACAAAAAUCAUAGUUGCAAAAUUUAUGGUUACUUUUGAAUGGCUGUUUAAAGUGACAAUGACCAUGUUAACCAGCAUCAAGUUAAUGGGUUAGUUCACCCAAAAAAGAAAAUUCUGUCAUUUAAUUACGAACACUCAUGUCGUUCCAAACCUGUAAGACCUUCGUUCAUCUUCAGGACACAAAUUAGGAUAUUUUUGAUCAAAUCGGAGAGCUCUCUCUGAGUAAUUAAUGACAGAAUUUUCAUUUUUGGGUGAACUAACCUUUUAAGGCAGGACUAUUUUAGUCUGUUUGGCGCCACUGAAAUGACAUACUUCAGCUUUAAAAGUGACCAAUGAAGACAUUUUAAAACAUUGAUAAUAUGAAUGUUUGCGUAUCUAAUUUACAUAUCACUGAAAGAUUAUUCAAGACAAAAACUCAUUGUGUACCUGCUGAUUUUGAAGGUUUUUAUUAUGCACAGCCUUGCUGGAGAAGUUUACUUUCCCUGUAUCAUUAAUGUUAAUGAGAUGUAUUUUAUUUUUUCACUUUUAUUAACUUUAGUACGAAAAAAGAGCUUUAAAAGGGUUUUUAUAUUGAUUUUAUUUAUACAUUUUAAAUUAUCUUUAAAAAAAAAAAAUCUUUAGAUCCAGAACCAAAUUUAACCAAAGUAUCUUCAGAUCAUGAGUGUUUCUUGUUGCCCGUUUAUAAAUUACAAAAUGAAAAAUUAUUAAUGUCAUAAUUAACAAUGAAAAUCAGACCAACAAAAAAACCAAAACAGUAUUUCAGUCAUAUAAUCCACAAAACAUUUCAUAGUUUAAGAAAUUACACAUCUCAUAUGUCCAUUCCAACUAGAAGGUACAGUCUUUUAAAAUCAUGUCAAUUAACAUGAGGUAUUAAAUUAUAUGUAACUUGUGUUUUUGUUGUUUAAAUAUCGACAAUGACAAAGAUAUCUGGUUUCUCCGUGUCAUGUAUUUGCAUAGCAGAGUAGGUGAUUGCUUUCACUUCUGUUCCCUGUAAAACAGGAAAAUAAAAGCAUUAAAAUCUU